GUCACCGCUGUGUUAGGGCGGCCAUCUUGCCUGCGUUCGGAUUUGUUCCCGCUUUCGGGGCCUGCUCCUUCUCCUCGCAGCGCAAAGCAGAAGCAAGGAAGGAGACGAGGAGCCCGCCCGGGCACUGCUGAUGCGCGCAGAAUCUCCUCGAACCGCUAUCGGGCGCCGCUAACGAAGGGGGCGGGGGUGGUCAGGCGGUUGCUAGUGCGGCCUCUCCUCUGCCGGGAUGGGUCGGUCCCGGAGCCGGAGCUCGUCCCGCUCCAAGCACACUAAGAGCUCUAAGCACAACAAGAAGAACCGGAGCCGAUCGCGGUCCCGCUCCAGGGAGAAGGAGCGGGCGCGAAAACGCUCUAAGUCGCGGGAGAGCAAGCGGAACCGGCGCCGAGAGUCCCGCUCCCGCUCUCGCUCCAAUACGGCUCCCUCCUCCCGUCGCGACCGGGACCGGGACCGCGAUCGCGCUUCCUCCCCGCCCGACCGCAUCGAUAUCUUCGGGCGCACGGUGAGCAAGCGCAGCAGCCUGGACGAAAAGCAAAAGCGGGAGGAGGAGGAGAAAAAAGCGGAGUUCGAACGGCAGCGGAAAAUUCGUCAACAAGAAAUAGAAGAGAAACUCAUAGAGGAAGAAACAGCUCGAAGAGUGGAAGAGCUUGUGGCUAAACGUGUAGAAGAAGAAUUGGAGAAAAGGAAGGAUGAGAUUGAGCGAGAGGUUCUCCGCAGGGUGGAGGAGGCUAAGCGCAUCAUGGAAAAACAGUUGCUCGAAGAACUCGAGCGACAGAGACAAGCUGAACUUGCAGCACAAAAAGCCAGAGAGAGGAAGCUGGCGCGUAUGGCAGCCGAGGAGCACACUCUGCAGGACACUGGACAAGACAGUAAAUAUUCAACUUUUAAUGCUGAUUAAAGGAGUAUAGGUAAAGAAUACGUAGGUAUACUUAAUUGGUGAGACAAACUAUUCACUUUAUUUAUAUUUUCUAUAUUACUUUUUAAUUUGGUAAAUACUAUCCAGUUUUUGUAGUUGUCCUUGUUGAUUUGUGUGAUAUUAAAAUUCUAGUAAUAAAUUGUUAGGAUUCUAUGAUUAGGGAGGGUUUAGUUGGUUGCUGUUUGGACUGGGCGGGGUGAUGUAAAUUUGAGUACUAGAAACCAGUUUUAGUGGCUGCACAAUUUACCGUUGUGAGACGAAAUAGGUGGCUGUAAUGCUGCCACUUUAAGUCAGUUCACAGAAGAAGUCUGAGAAAGAUUAGUGAACAUGCAGAAAUGAGUAUUUUACUUUACUAACAUCUUGCCCUGUCCUCCCCUUUAGGAAGAAGAGCGUGCAAAGCGUGAGGAACUAGAGCGAAUAC